GUGACAAGCAUUUCGUGGACGCCUGUGCCACAUUUGGGUCCUUUCGCUACCCGAGUAGGACACUACCUGACUUGGGCGGAAGUACCAGCCCACCCGACUAGCCGCCGCUGGUGCGUGUUUUUUUUGGGUUUGUUUCAUCACUCCAAGAAGCAGUGGGAGCACGCACGCUGUGCGGGACUUCCACGGCGGAGAUGGAGUGCUGCUAAGGGGCGCAAGUAGACUUUGGUAUCCAUGAGGUCCAAAUGCAUUGGCUUCUAGGACGGGAGAAGAAAGAAAAAGGGGAAGAAGAAGAAGAAGAAGAAGCGGGGCGUGGGAGCGGUCUGUGUACGGGCUUUCCGCCCCACGCUGCCAACAUGUUCAGCUGCGUGGGCUGCUUCUGGGUGCUCCUUUCCUCCGCCCUGGUCGCCGUGUGCAGUUUCAGUUUCAUCUCCCCUGCCUGGAUUGUGAAGGAGCAGCUGAGGAACAACCAGCACCACCAGCAGCACCACCAUCACCACCACCAGCAGUCCGGCAAGGACUCGGUGAGCUUCGGCUUGCUGUGGCACUGCUCCGAGUCUCUGGAUCACAUGUACCGGUGCUACACCUUUGGAGGGCUGGGCAGAUUUGCGGAGAUCCCGUCCAGUUCGUGGCAGACCAGCGCAGUGCUGUGCUCGGGAGGGUGCGCUCUACUCGCCGUCAGCUCCCUGUUGGCCAUCAUCACCAUCUUCCUGCCCAGCGGAGGAUGCGAGAGGAGGAUCUGCACCCUGGCGGGAUACAUGCAGAUGGCUUCAGUUUUCAUCAUGGCUGCGGGACUGCUGGUCUACCCAUUCGGGCUCAACUCUUCCCUGGUCAGAUCAUUCUGCGGAGACUCUGACAUCUACAAUGCUGGCGAGUGCCAAAUGGGCUGGGGGUACAUGUUGGCCAUUGUCGGGGUGAUGCUCACCGUCUUUUUGCCCUUUUUUGCCAAAUAUGCACCAAAGGAGCAGCUGUCUCCCACCCCUUUGCCCACGCUCUUAUAGUUUGGAUUUUGACCGCCGUUACACUUUCUCUGAGCUGGAUUUCAUGGAAAAGCAACCGGGAUUUUCCAACGGUGAUGCUGUCUGGGAAGCCUGUGGUCAUCGUCAUCCUACAGUACAUGUUUGGAGUGAAAAUAGGUCCCUUGUGCUUCGUCUAAUAAACUAAUAAAUGACCCAUCUUCCUGGCUAUGCUGUGGAAAAAUGGAAGGACUUUUGAUGUGAUGAUUUAUUGCAGCAUUUUUGUGUGUGUGUGUUUUGUAUUCCCUUCUUCUGUUGAACUAUUCCGAGACUGGAAAAUUGUGUGCACAAAGAAGCCGCUUCCAGUUUUUUCACUGACGCAAUCAAUUAUUCAGCAAAGCGCUUCAACUGUAAAUAUGAACGAACUGACUUCUAAAAAUGGUGAACUCAAAAAGAGGCUUUCAAAGACGCUACUUUUUGUUGGAUUUUGAUGUGUCUCCUUCAAGGACAUCAGUAAAAACAUGAAGUGAUGUUGUCCAAAAUGUCAUCCUUUCCCCUUUGAAUUAUUUGUGUACGUAUAUCGCUUGUUCAAUGUAAGUCGUUCCCUCUUGUCUACAGAAAUAAUACUUCAGGACAAACAGGACUGCAAAAGGCAGGGAGAUGAUGAAGGGAUUUUGUCAAAUUGCAUGAGAACUUUGUAAAUGGUAGAACUGCUCUAGAUUUUAACGUGACGUGACCAACUUGUGCCUUUCAAUAUAACAAAGACAAAGUUAAGUACAAAUAUCAGGUUGCCAUCUCAGACAUUUUGGCAUUUCUGCUGAAAAAAAGGGAGUCCUGUUCUGUGAAGUUUUUUUUUUUUGUUUGUUUGUUUUUUGCUUUCCAUUUAUGAUGCAGUAUGAUUUCAUCGACAUGGGAAAACAAUCUUUGAACAAAAAACACUUCAUAGGAACGUUUUAUAAUCCUUGGAACCACAAGAAGCAAAACAAAUGCUGUAUUUUUCCCAUUCGUUAUGUCACGAAACAUUCCAUCUAAGCAUCGGGACGCCAGUCGCAAGUAGAAAGAAGUUUUACAAAUGAAAAAAACAUUUCUUAUUGUUGAGCAAAUAUGUCAUCAUCCGUAUGACGCGAUGCUACUUCACUGUCCUUGCACACUGCCAACUCAUCUAACUCGUCUAACAUUUAUUCGUGUUAAACGCAGCACUUUUAGGGGGAAUUUUACACAUCAUCCACAAUCUCUGUGAGACCACAACACGUCUUUCCCUUUUCUUUGUGUUUUCACUAUGAAUGCAAUGUCAUUGGGAUUCACCUAUUUCGCUUAUAACACCCUCGAAAAACAUCCAAAAACCGAUGCUCCAUGCUGUGAUCUGUAUAUUAAUCCAGUAUACAGUGAUAUUGUUACCAGUAUGUACUGUAGCUAUGUGCUCCGUGGACCAGAAUCAAUAUCAUGGUGACUUAAGCGUCUUUUCCACUUGAUUCUGGGUACGUUGGGGGAAACAUGUUUCUACCACCGCAGGUUUAGUUCACGCUAACGAUUCUUCAUUGCGACGCAAUCCUUUGGAGCAGUGUCCUCCUCGCCAGAUACGCCAAGCCUUCCCCAACCAAGGCUAACACCGUGUGCCACUCGGUGCUGCAGAAACGCCAACAAGUCAUGCCGAGCCCGACUCUCUCGGCCCACGUCUGCGCCAACGUUUCACCCUCUCUUUUUGCCUGUCCAGGCUACUCAGGAUCAGAAAGAUAAGGCUGUCCCCAUAUGUCCCAAAGUAGUCAUCGUUGGCUCUCGUAGAGUCUGCCAUGACGGAUCGUAAACACAGAACGUGUUCUCUAUGCUCGUGGUGGUGACAGAAGUAGCGUUAGUUAGGAGCUAUGUGCUCCGUGAAAUCAAUCCGGUAAUGCUGACCAAAAGUACUGUAAGUAGUAUGUAUCUAAAAUGUUGUUAGAAGCUUAUGGAUGUUUUUUAGAGGGUUUCACGGGUAAAGUAGGUGAAUCCAAGUUCCCUCGUUAUUAUUAGGAAAGCUGCCAGCACGAGGCAGCUAUGUACGACACGGGUCCCCAAGCACCGGCGGCGGGAAACGUUCAGGCGCAAAAAUCUCACAUUGUUUGAUGGUCCUUGAAUGCGUCGUAGUUGUUUGCAUGUGUUCACGUUCUAGUGCACAACCUCAAUUUACUCAAUUUACGCUAGCGAGUGUGCUACCGGACACGUCAAACAGCGAUAUUUGUUUAUUUCAUUGUAUUCAACCUUUAUUUAUCCAGGUAAGGCAAUUGAGAACAUCUGCAAUGCCAACCUGACCAAAAGGUCUUAUUAUAAAAACUUAGCGACCGCUGCUCUAGAUCGCAAAGUGAAAGACGUGUUCUUGUCUCACACAGGGAUUGUGAUGAUGAUGGACACUUUCCUUAAACUUCCAACAUGUGUGUAGAUUCUCAGUCGUCGCUCCCCCAAAGAUGAGUGCCCACUAAUGAGCUGCAACUACAACUCUAUUGUACCACAGACAUAAAUACCGAAGAAGCAUUUUGGACUGGAACGUCCAAUUCUCCAUUCAACCAUUGCGGUUUAACUAUGCCCUACCCUGACAUCAACAAAUGACUGUCAUGUAAGGCUGCCAUAUUUUGAAAAAAAAAGGUUGUGAAAGAUACCAGUUUGGACCUCAUACUGGGACAGAUUGGUGUUAUCGCACUGGUCUUUUUCCCCUUUCUUGUUUGAACCACUGUGUGUAAAGUCUCAGCACUGGUGUUUUUGGUAGAUACUUUGCUUUUUAUCCCCCCCAUUGUGAUGUUUGACUGUACAUAAAAUGACUGUACUUUAUAUAUCAUGUCAGUCUUAACUGCCUGUUUUUGAAAGUUGUAUUUUGAGAGAUUACCUCAUUGUGGUUGCUUUAUCGGAAUUCAUCUCUUAACAUUGUUUGAUGGUCUGUGAUUUUCUUUGUAAUAAAAAAUAAUUCUAA